GGAAGAAGAGGCGGGAGAAAGAGGAGGAGGAGGAGGGGGUCAUGCGCUGGUUCGGAGCCCCGGCCCCCUGGCCAAUGUACGAAGCCCGGAGCCCGGGCGGUGGGCGCUGAAGUGGGUCCGGGCCUGGCCGUCCCUGGAGUGAAAGAGAGAAGGACGGAGGGAGUGCCGGCCCUGCCCAGUCCAUCCCUGCCCGGCCGGCCCAUCCGGGCCCUGCCCAGCCUGGUCCAUUCCAGCCCUGCCCGCCCCUUCCCUGCCCAGGGCUCGGGGAGCAUGAGGCUGGGGGUGCCCGGGGACCGAGGCAGCUAGGGACAGCGGGACCAGGAGGAAAGAAAGGCGGCGGGGAGGGCGGGCAGGCAGGCCCGGGGAGCCCUGGCCGGGCCGGCUGGGACCCACCCCUGACCAUGCUGCGCUUCCCAGUGAAGAAGCUUCGCAAGCAGUUCCGCCUGCUACUGCUGCUGGUGCUGCUCACCUGCGCCGCGUGGCUCACCUACCUGCACCUGAGCCUCGUGCGCCAGGGCAGAGCCCUUCGGCUGCGCCUCAGCGGAGGCUCCGGCCCAGAUGGAGAAAAGCUGAGUGAGGUCACGGACGCCGGGAAGGGGGCGGGAGGAUCCCAGGUCGUGUCUCCCCCCAAGAGGGUGGAAGACUCCAGCGAGAGCCGUGAGGAGGAGCAGCUGGCCGACGGGCGGGAGCUGAGCACCUUCCCUGGACAGGGCGGACGGCCAUCCCCUCCGAACCUCACCCGCCAGGUCCCCCCAUGGCAGGAGGAGUACAGGGGGAAGGUCAACCUGCACGUGUUUGAGGACUGGUGUGGAGGCACUGUGGGGAGCCUGAGGAGGAACCUUCAUUUCCCACUGUUUCCCCAUAGCCGCACGACAGUGAAGAAACUGGCCGUGUCGCCUAAGUGGAAGAAUUACGGUCUGCGCAUCUUCGGCUACAUCCACCCCAGCAGAGACGGUGACGUCCAGUUCUCUGUGGCCUCCGAUGAUAACUCAGAGUUCUGGCUGAGCCCCGAUGAGAGCCCAGCAGGUGCCCAGCUGGUGGCCUACGUAGGCAAGACCGGCUCCGAGUGGACAGCACCCGGGGAAUUCACCAAGUUCAGCUCCCAGGUGUCCAAGCCCAAGCGGCUCUCCUCUUCCCGACGCUAUUACUUUGAGCUGCUGCACAAGCAGGAUGACCGGGGAUCUGACCACGUGGAAGUGGGGUGGCGAGUGUUCCUGCCCGGCCUGAAGUUCGAGGUCAUCGGCUCCUCCCACAUCUCCCUCUACACAGAUGAGUCAUCCCUGAAGAUGGAUCACGUGACCCACAUCCCCCAGUCCCUGGCCAGCCACGUGGCCAAGCUGGGGCCACAGCCCAAGGAGCUCGGGGCAGACAUGCUGAGGCCGGAUGCCCGGGACACCUUUUUCCUCACGCCCAGGCUGGAGCCAUCCCGUCUGGAGAACGUGCUGGUGCCCUGUGCUUACGCCCCCACCUACGUGGUCAAGGACUUCCCCAUCGCCCGCUACCAGGGCCUGCAGUUCGUCUAUCUCUCCUUUGUGUACCCCAAUGACUUCACCCGACUCACACAUAUGGAAACUAGUAACAAGUGCUUCUACCGGGAGUCUCCACUGUACCUGGAAAGGUUUGGGUUUUACAAAUACAUGAAGAUGGACGACGAAGACGACGGGGAUGAGGAGGGGGUUGGGCGUGGAGCUUUCCUGUUCCUCGACCCAGACAGUUUCUUGGAGGAGGAAGAGGAAGAAGAGGAAGCGGACAGCCCAGAGCCCACAGGAGCCCAGCCCUCCCCCAGCAGGACCACCUCUCCCCCCUGGGGCACUCGGGACCCCCAAGGGACCAAGGACAGCAGCCCCGACCCCCGCCCAAGGCGGGAGCCCCGGCUCACCCGCGCCCUCAGCUGGGCCCAGCCGGCUUCAGUCACCCCCCAAGGUCCCGAGGGAGCCUUGGCGACCUCCCUCUUCCUGGGACGGGCGCCGCCCCCCAGGCCUCCUGCCCCACGGUCCCCAAAGAAGCCAGAGAAAGUGUACGUGACGAGGGUGCACCGCGGGCAGCACCGGCCCUCCCGGACGCGGCCCCCACGGCCCCGGCCCUGGCUCGCCCGCGGCCCCUGGCAGCCCCCACUGCCUGGCAUUUUCCUCUACCCCCGGCCCCUUCAGAGGGUGCAUCUGCGGGCUCCUCGCCGGCCUCCGGGGCAUCGAGUUCCCACGGUCGGCGCCUCCCCGGCCCGGCCCCCGGGGCCUGGGAAUUCCCUCAGGAGGACCUCCAGAGGCAGCCUCACUCAGGGGGCCCUGGACCCGACCACCGGGCUCCCCGGCCCGGCCUCCAACGCCUCCUCAGAGCGGGGCGAGCCCGUCACCUCCUUCCUUCACGUGUCCGAGGUGGCGCAGGCCGGGCCUGCGGGGGGGAAGCUUGGGGCGGAGGGAGCAGAGGCCGGUCCCGAGGAGACGGCCACGUCCCAGGACAGCGAGGAGGAGGAGGCGGCCCCGCCCCGGGGCUCCUGGCCUGAGGAGGCCAUCAACUGGCAGCGCACGUUCAGCGUGGGGGCCAUGGACUUCGAGCUGCUGCGCUCGGACUGGAACGACCUUCGGUGCAACGUGUCUGGGAACCUGCAGCUGGCCGAGGCUGAGGCUGUGGACAUUGUGGCCCAGUACAUGGAGCGGCUGAACACGCUGCACGAGGGGCGUUUCUCGCUGCUGCGCAUCGUAAACGUGGAAAAGCGCCGGGACUCGGCCCGAGGCAGCCGCUACCUGCUCGAGCUGGAGCUGCAAGAGCGCGGCGGGCACGGCCGGCUGCGGCUGUCCGAGUACGUCUUCCUGCGGCUGCCGCGGACGCGAACCGGGGGCGACGGGGAAGACGAAACCGAGGUGGACGGCGAGGGCGACGGCGACAACGGGGCGGCCCCCGAGGCGGCCCCGGCCCGGACCCCGUCCGAGCCGCCGAGUCGUGCCCCCGAACCCCUGCUCUGCCGGCCAGUGCGCCUGGCCUGGCGCCAGGACGUCGUGGUUCACUUCGUGGUGCCAGUGAAGAACCAGGCGCGCUGGGUGACCCGCUUCCUCUGGGACAUGGCUUCGCUGCACGCGCUCACGGGCGACACGCGCUUCAGUGUAGUCCUGGUGGACUUCGACAGCGACGACAUGGACGUGGAGCGGGCGCUGCGGGCGGCGCGACUGCCCAGGUACCAGUACUUGAAGCGCACCGGGAACUUCGAGCGGGCCUCGGGGCUCCAGGCGGGCGUGGACGCCAUCGAGGACGGCAGCAGCAUCGUGUUCCUGUGUGACCUGCACAUUCACUUUCCCCUCAACAUCCUGGACGGCAUCCGCAAACACUGUGUGGAGGGAAAGCUCGCCUUCGCCCCUGUGGUCAUGCGGCUCGGCUGCGGGAGCUCUCCUGUAGACCCCCAUGGCUACUGGGAGGUGAAUGGUUUCGGGCUUUUCGGGAUCUACAAGUCGGACUUCGACCGAGUUGGGGGUAUGAACACGGAGGAGUUCCGGGAUCGCUGGGGCGGCGAGGAUUGGGAGCUGCUGGACAGGGUCUUGCAGGCCGGCCUGGAGGUGGAGCGGCUCCGGCUCCGAAACUUCUAUCACCACUACCACUCGAAACGGGGGAUGUGGGAUGCCAGGAGCAAGAGGGGCCCCCGGGACUGAGCUCAGCUUCUGCCGAUGCCUUGGAGUCCGUGGGUGGCCUUCCAGCGCACCGUCCCCCAGCCCCUUGGAAGGGGCCGCCAUGGUGGCUGGAGGUCUUCAAACAGGACCCUUUCUCUCAGAGGGAAGGGGACUCUGGGAAAGCUCCCUCACUUUCAGAAGAGAAACAAGCCCUGUGCCCCCUCCCACUGCCCCAGAGAAGUCACCUCUGGGUCUGAGAGGUACCAGAACUUGCUUCCCUUCUGAAAGAAGGUGAACUCUCCUGGACUGGAGAAGUGGAUUCAACCUUGUCUUAGAGGCCCAGAGGGGGAGAGGGACCAGGGUCCUGUCAGAGGAGGGUGGGUCAGCCACAUGACCACAAUUUGAAAGAGGAGAUAGCCCCAGGGAUCCCCCUUCCUAAGGCCCAGAGACAUGCCAUUCUGACUGAGAUCAAGGCAGAAGAGGGAAGGGAGGAAAGGACAAGUCCCAGACUUCCCUCCAGCACCCAGCCUAUUGCUAUGGUUGGGUCAGGGUCCCCCCAGAGCACUUGGGGAGCAGGCAGCCAUUCCCAAGAACCUGAUCCUGGGGCAAGUGACCAGGACCCACACUGUGCAAGAUGAUUUCUGUGAAAUUGUGUCCUAAAGAUGAAGUUUUUCACAAUUCCUAACCGUUCAGUCUCUUUGAGUUUUUUAUUCAAAAUAAAUUUUUUUUUCCUGA